AUUUCAAAGUUCCUGGAGUUGCGAUACAGUACGAACUAUCCUAUCAUCACUAUCAUCCUCAUUGUCCAAGUAUUUCCAGAGCUAAAAUCGCGAAUACUCACGAUCCUGCCAUCGUCACCAACCUGUAUACAGACAUUCAAUAUGAAGCAACACACAGUGAUGACAGCUUUCAUCCUGCUUUGCCUUAUGGCACUUGAAUUAGAAGCACAUCCCCAUGGCAGACAUCACGGUAGUAGGAAACGAAUCGAAGCUUUCUUACAGAGAUCGGGAAUUUGUGAAAAUUACAACGCCUCGUCGGUAGACGACCGAUCUACCUGCUCAGACGAGUUCGUCAAUGGCCUCAGCCCCCGGAACUGGGGCCGACGUUCGCUCUCUGAUAUCGUCGAUUUCAUUUGCCUGGAAGGUGGUUUGGAAGCCUCGUCUGCCUGUGUUAUUCUCGACAUCGCUUGCGACACGAUCACUACGGAAACUUCGACAUUGGAGAAAUGCCCCCGCUCUCGAGGCAAUCGCCAAAGACGUGAUGACUCCUCGAGCAGUGAGGAAUCAAGUUCGCAGGAAGAUGAAGAUACCCCAACAACAACAACAACCACUACUGCCCCAGUGACCACUACCCCAGCUGCUGCCUCCACACCAAAUACUCCAGUUCCUAACCCUUAAGUACUGGCAUAAAGAUGGGGUUGGGGGGCCUUGGGGGACAUGGACCCCCCCCCC